CGGGAGGGGGAGACUGUUGGAACUCAAACAAGCUGCAAGUUUUAACCAAAUUGCUUCUUGGAGCUAAAAAGACUUGUAACAGUUCUCAAAUUGUAGUCUUUUCGCAGAAAUGCUGUAAUGGACUCCGUUGACGCAGUGUUCCUGCCCGAUCGGGGCAGAGGUCCAGCGAGCAACCCUUUGCUGGACCAGCUACCCAGCUACCAGUCCCUGCUCUACCGCCGGAAGCCCUCCAAUGCUGCGGGCAGCACCAAGAGGAGGAACAGCAGCUUGCGCGAGCGGUUUGGGUCCCUGACCAACCGAUGGACGGCCGGUCGAGCGGACAACAAGCAGAAGACCGGCAUUCUCCAGAGGCCGGUCCGAGAGCAGCCGAAGAGCAUGGGGGACAAGCGAAUGGACCGAGACCUGCGUCUGGAGCAGGACCGGCGCCGGCACGGUUGGAGCCAAUGGCAGCGGAGCAUGCGGCGCUCCCUUCGGCGCCUGCGGGACGACGGCAUGGACUGGCUCCGCAGCCUGGAGCUGUGGCGUGGCGACAUCCACAUGAUUGAAGGCAUGUUUGGUACAGGCAUCCUGUCGUACUUCUCCUUCCUCCGCUUCUUGGUGCUGCUCAACUUUGUCAUGUUCCUGCUCAUGUUCGGCUUCGUCAUCUUCCCCAUCAUCGUGGCGCCCAGAGCCUCAGGAAACAUCACCUACCAUGCCAGUAACAUAAGUGAGUGCAGCGUUUACCCUGCUAAAUCCCGGCAAGGCCUGGUGGUUUUCCACGAGUACAUCACGGACCUGCUCUCAGGGACGGGCUUUCUGGAACAGACCUACCUCUUCUAUGGCUACUACCGAGUGGGGGGUAUCCAUUUCCCCAUGCACUCGUACAACCUCCCCCUGGCCUACCUGCUGGUUACUGUGGCCUACCUCCUGCUCAGCCUCGUCUGGAUUGUGAAAAGAUCUGCUGCAGGCUUCAAGCAGAACCUAAUCCAGGAUGAGGAUCGCUUCCAGAGCUUCUGCAACAAGAUCUUUGCCGGCUGGGAUUUCUGCAUCACCAAUGAGAACGCUACCAGACUGAAGAGGAGCAGUUUGCUGUACGAACUCAGGACAGACCUGGAGGAGGAGCGCAUCAAGCAGAAGAUCGCUGACCGCACACGCAAGGACAAGUGCCGCAUCUUUGCGUUGCGCCUGGUGCUGAACGUGUUUGUGACCGCCGUGCUGGCCAGCUGCUUCUACUGCAUCUACAGAGCCACCAUGUUUUCCCAGCUGGCCCAGCAAAAGAAAGAACCGGUGAACUUCAUCGUGGACCUGAUCUUGGAGUACCUGCCCUCCAUCGUCAUCACCAUGGCCAACUUCAUGACGCCGCUGGUUUUCAGCCUCAUCAUCCAGUUUGAGGACUACUCCCCUGCCUUCGAGAUCCGCUUCACCCUCAUGAGGUGUGUGUUCAUGCGCCUGGCCAGCAUCGGGGUGCUGCUCUUCUCCCUCUGGGCUCAGAUCACUUCCUGUGAUGGCAAAGAGUGUUCCUCUUGCGGCUACAACCACAAACUCUACCCCUGUUGGGAGACACAUGUUGGACAGGAAAUGUACAAGCUCAUGAUCUUUGACUUCCUCAUCAUCGGAGCAGUCACUGUGUUCGUGGAAUUCCCUAGAAAGAUCAUCUUUAACCACUGUGAUUGUGGCCUGGCCAAGUGGUGGGGCCAGCAGGAGUUCGCCAUCCCCCAGAACGUGCUGGAGAUCGUCUACGGCCAGACCAUCUGCUGGAUCGGCACCUUCUACUGCCCCCUGCUGCCCGCCAUCAGCACCCUCAAGUACUUCAUCGUCUUCUACAUCAAGAAGGUGAGCCUGGUCAACAACUGUCGCCCCUCCACGCGUCCGUUCCGAGCCUCCAGCUCCAACUUCUUCUUCCUGGUGGUGUUGCUGAUCGGCCUGGCCCUGGCCUGUAUACCAGUGAUGGUCAGCAUGGCGCAGAUCCAAAGUUCCAAGGCCUGCGGACCGUUUAUCAGCUUCACCACAUCCUGGGCAGUGGUGCCAAAGACGGUAGAGACACUUCCUGGGGGCCUGAAGACCUUCCUCUACGCGCUGGCCUCCGAGCCCUUCGCCGUCUCUCUUUUUGUCGUCACAUGCCUGGCCAUGUUCUAUGUCAUCGCACUAGCUGGAGCUCAUAAGAAGGUCAUCAACCAGCUCAGGGAACAGCUUGCCAUGGAGGGCCGGGACAAGCGCUUCCUGAUCCAGAAGCUGUGCCAGGCCCAGAAGAGGGAGUCAGCCGCCCGCUCCUCAUGUUUUAUUUUGAUGUUCAUAAUCUGUUCCCAUUAUGUGGCGUUAACGAUUUCAGCAGAUGACAUCGUUGUGGCAUGUGGGGGCUUUGUGAAGUCUGACGUAGAAAUAAAUUAUUCUCUCAUUGAGAUUAAGUUGUACACCAAACAAGGAUCUCUAAAGUACCAAACAGAUUGUGCUCCAAUCAAUGGCUACUUCAUGAUACCCCUCUAUGACAAGGGAGACUAUGUGUUGAAAAUUGAGCCACCGUUGGGUUGGAGCUUUGAGCCGACCAGUGUGGACCUCCAUGUGGACGGCGUGACGGACAUCUGCACCAAAGAGCAGGACAUCAACUUCAUCUUCACCGGCUUCUCCGUCUCAGGAACGGUCCUGAGUAAAGGCCAGCUGCUGGGUCCAGCUGGGGUGGAGGUGAGUCUGCAGAAGGAUGGAGCCGAUGGCAGUCUGCAGACAGUGCUCACACAGCCUGGAGGAAAGUACACAUUCUUUAAAGUGCUACCUGGAAACUAUGAGAUCACUGCAUCCCAUGAGUCUUGGACUUUGGAACAGAAGUCCACCUCAGUGCGAGUGUCCAACGCCAACGCUCCUGCUGCCGAGGCCUUGGUGGUGGUCGGCUACGACGUGUCGGGAGAGGUGCGCAGCGACGGCGAGCCCAUGAAGGGGGUGUCCUUCCUGCUCUUCUCAGCCACCGUGAAGAAAGAGGACGUGAGUGGCUGCAGCAUGGCUCCGGUGAACGGCGUGAUGCUGGACGACGACGCGCUGGCCUUCCUGUGCAGCGCUCAGUCGGGGGAGGACGGAGCCUUCAGCUUCCCCUCGCUGGGCAGCGGUGCCUACACCCUGGUGCCCUACUACAGGGGCGAGAGAAUCACGUUCGAUGUGGCCCCGUCCAGGAUGGACUUCAGGGUUGAGCACAACAGUCUGAAACUGGAGCCGAUCUUCCGGGUCAUGGGCUUCUCGGUGACGGGCCGCGUGCUGAACAGCCAGGAGGGCGAGGGCGUGCCCGACGCCACCGUCACCCUUAACAACCAGAUCAAAGUGUUGACCAAAGACGACGGUUCGUUCAGACUGGAGAACAUGACCACGGGGACCUACACCAUCCGCACACAGAAGGACCUCAUGUUCUUUGAGCCGAUCACGGUGAAGAUCGCCCCCAACACACCCCAGCUCCCCGACAUCAUCACUGCAGGUUUUAGUGUGUGUGGGCGCAUUGCUGUCUCUCGCCUCCCCGAGGGCAUGAAGCAGCAAGGUCGCUACAAGGUCACCCUCACCCCCAGCGGUCAAGACAAGGCUGCCGCCCGCACUACCGAGAGUGACCACAUGGGGGCGUUCUGCUUCCAGGCCAGACCAGGAGACUACAGUAUACAGGUGACUCUCCCCGAUGCGGAGGUGAGGGCUGGACUGGCCCUGUUGCCCGCGGCGCUGGACAUCUCCUUGGUGGACCGGCCGCUCAACGACCUGCUCUUCACCCAGUUCAUGGCCACUGUGACCGGCAAAGUGUCCUGCCUAGUGGCGUGUGAUGACCUGACGGUGACCCUGCAGCCCAUCAGCAGGCAGGGCGAGAAGCGCGUCGUGCAGCUGUCCGGCAGCAGCGAGACGCUCACCUUCUCCUUCGACGACGUCCUCCCCGGAAAAUACAAAGCGAGCGUGUCCCAGGAGGAGUGGUGCUGGAAGAACAAGUCUCUGGAGGUGGAGGUGCUGGACGCCGACGUCAUGGGCGUGGAGUUCAAACAGAACGGCUACAUCCUGCGUUGCUCCCUCUCCCACGCCAUCACGCUGGAGUUUUUCCAAGAUGUCACCGACAAGCCUGAGAAUGUUGGUGUUUACAAUCUCUCCAAGGGCAUCAACCGCUUUUGCCUUUCCAAACCAGGUGUCUAUAAAGUGACCCCUCGCUCCUGUCACCAGUUUGAGCAGGACUAUUACACCUAUGACACGUCUGCUCCCAGCAUUCUGACCCUCACAGCCAUCCGCCAUCACAUGACCGGCCUCAUCACCACAGACAAAAUGCUGGACGUGACGGUCACCCUCAAGUCGUCCAUCGAGAGCGAGCCGGCCCUGGUGCUUGGCCCCCUGCGCUCCCAGGAGGAGCAGCGUCAGGAGCAGCAGCUGCAGGAGAUCGCUCUGAGGCGGCAGGAGCGCGAACGUCGCGGUGAGGACGAGAGCCCCGCCAUGCAGGAGAAGGCCGACGAGCUCACCGGACCCUUCCACUACGAGUUCUCCUACUGGGCCAGAUCUGGAGAGAAGAUCACAGUGACCCCGUCAUCCACGGAGCUUCUCUUCUACCCACCGGAAGUGGAGGCCACCAUCACUGGGGAGUCGUGUCCAGGCAGGACGGUGAACAUCGUGGGCCGGGCCGGUCUCUUCAUGGACGGCCGCGUGUCUCCGGAGCUGCAGGGCGUGGAGAUCUCCAUCAGCAAGAAGGGAGUAGCCGAGCCUGUCGUCACGGUGCUCACCGACGACAACGGGGCCUACAGUGUGGGCCCGCUGCACAGUGACCAGGAGUAUGACAUCAGCGCCAGUAAGGAGGGCUUCGUCCUGACCCCGGUGGAGGGCGCCGCGGGAGACUUCAAGGCCUUCGCCCUGGCAGGGGUCACCUUUGAGAUCAAGUCGGAGGAAGGUCUGCCCCUCCCUGGAGUCCUGCUCUCGCUCAGCGGCGGAAACUUCCGCUCCAACCUCCUCACACAGGAAUCGGGCCUCCUCACCUUCAACAACCUGAGCCCAGGUCAGUACUACUUCAAGCCCAUGAUGAAGGAGUUCCGCUUUGAGCCCGCCUCCCAGAUGAUCACCAUCGAGGAGGGACAGAACCUCCAGAUCACCAUCACCGGCUUCAAGACGGCCUACAGCUGCUAUGGCUCGGUUCAGUCCCUGAGCGGCGACGCGGAGCCGGGCGUGGCCGUGGAGGCGGUGGGCCAGGCCGAGUGCAGCCUCUACAGCGAGGACACGGUCACCGACGACGACGGACGCUUCAGACUGCGCGGCCUGCUGCCUGGAUGCAGGUACCUGAUCCGGCUCCGGGCCGAGGGCAACGAGCACAUCGAGCGAGCUCUUCCCCAGCACCGAUCCAUCGAGGUUGCCAGCAAUGACGUCGAGGGCGUCCACAUCAUUGCGUUCCGACAGAUCAACCAGUUUGACCUCAGCGGUAACAUCAUCACCCCUCCUGAACACCUGGCCUCUCUCUGGGUGAAGCUGUAUAAGAAUGACAAUCUGGACAACCCCGUCCAGAGUGUGUCGCUUGGACAGUCCUUCUUCUUCCACUUCACUCCGCUAAAGAGGGACGGAGAGAGCUACGUGUUGAUGCUGGACACCAGUCUGUCCCGCUCCCAGUUUGACUACACCCUCCCCCAGGUGUCCUUCACCUCCACCGGCUACCACAAGCACGUCACCCUCAACUUCAAACCCACGAGGAAAGUCCCUGACCAGGAUGUGGCUCAGGGAUCCUACAUUGCCCUUCCUCUGACGUUAUUAAUCCUGCUAGCAGCAUACAACCAUGAGAAGGUGAUCCCUCUGCUGCUGCUGCUGGCAAACCGUGUCCAGGGCGUGCGCUCCCUGAGCCAGACCAGCGGGGACAGCCUGGCCAUAGACGAGGCCAAACGCCAAGCCAAGAGGCCCAAGACCCGCCGCACGUAAACAUCACAGCCCUCCAACCAUAUACCACCACUACCGCCACCCGCAACUGCCCAGAGACCCACAGCCCUCCCCCGCCAGCUUCACCAGCCCGCAGGCUGACCACAAGGACCCUCUUUCAGUCUCUAAAACCCUUCUAUUGACCACCCACAUGAAAGAGCCAAAGAAGGUGAAGACUGUGUGUGUGUGUGUGUGUGUGUUUGUGUCCAUGCGUGUGAAUUCGCUGCUCUCGAGGUCAAGUGUGUUUUUCUAAGAUGCUUCUUUUUUUUUUUUUUUUUUUUUUUUUUUUUUUAAACAAAACACCAAGUACAUGAAUUGAAAUAUAGACACUCUGGACAGUAGAUUGCCAUCAGCAAAGACUGAAAUCCACUCUCGGGUCUCUGGGGAACAUGCUCACUGUCCAUAA